AUGUUGCUAGGGCGGAGGCUGCUGCAGGCGUCGACGCAGGACUCGGCUAGCGACGAUGAGACGCUGCGCACCUUGAAGGCGCAUGACCACUUUUUCUGCGACACAAUGGAGAUCAUUCCGGCGGCGUUUUACUUCCCCACGGACGCCGAGGCCAACUGGAAGAAGUCGGCGCCUAAGAAGUACCACAAGAACGUCCAAGCGCUCAAGCAGCAGGAAUCAUCCAAGAAGAGCCUCAAGCGCGCCAAAUUUUCUCCAGCUACACAACAAAGUAACGAGGAGCGACAGAAGGCCAAUGCGGCCGCCGAAAAGAAGGAACAGGCACAGGUCAAGCCGAUCAACCCAAGUGCCGCCAAGGAGGAGGGAGGUCUGGAGGGUCUCCGUGCACGUCUGGCCGUCAAGAUUCAGGCCAUGCGUGAGCAACGCAAGGCGGAGGAGAAGACGGGCAAGAAACGUCCGUCCCGUGCGGAGGCGGCGGCAGAACAGCGUGCACUGAAGAAGCGCAAGACUGCAGCCAACAAGAGCAAGGCCAAGGCCGAGAAACGCGAGCAGGAGGCGGCAUCUAAGACUGAGGGCGAAGCACAAGCGAAGAAGGACGCGGAUACUACAGUGGACGCGGGCUCCAUCUCAUACGGCAGCCUGCUACUUGACGACGGCAACGAUAAGGACAACAAGCCCAAGACUCGUCACGGACAGAGUGUGCGUGGCAUCCAGAACUUGUUGAAGAAGGCGGAGCGCAAUGCGCAGCGUCUGGAGGAGCUGAAGAAGACGCAGGACGGUAAAGAAAAGGUGAAAGCAAAGGGCUGGGACACGGCUCUCCAACAGGCUGCAGGUACCGUCGUGAUGGACGACCCGAAGCUGCUGCGUGCGAAGCUGAAGAAGAAGGAGAAGGCAAAGGCCAAGAGCUCGAAGGAGUGGAAGGAACGUACGGCAAAGCUGGAAGUGUCCAAGAAGGAACGACAGAAAAAAGAAACUUGCUAAUGCACUUGGUCGUGGCCAAGAAUGUCGCUGCCAAGCCUGUGAAGAAGAAAGGGCCGAAAAGGACCGCGUGCUGGUUUCGAAAGGCAAGAAGGGCGAGGCGUUCUUAAAUACUGACAAGAAGGGAGGCAAACCCUGCUGGCAAGAAGUCGGCAGGACCCAGUAAGUAGCUGGAGAAGCCAGGUAUAUUAUAUAGACUGUCAGUAUGCGUCA